CCGCGGCCCGGGCCGCCCACGGGGCUCGCUGCGCGCCAGCUUUCUUUAAGCGCCCUGGGGCCACGCGGGGCCGAGAGCACAGCCCCCGCCCCGCUGGCGGCCGCCCACCGCAGGCACUUCUGAGAGGAGAGAAGGACGGACGGACGGAGGGAGGGGCGACCUACUUCCUGAACCGCCUGCACACCCGGGGCGCGAGCUCGGCCUGCCCGGCGCCGCGAUGUCCGGAGGGUCAGCCAGGAGCCUAGCGAAAGGAAGCGCGCCCCCGGGGCCAGUCCCCGAGGGCCUGAUCCGCGUCUACAGCAUGAGGUUCUGCCCGUUCGCCCAGAGGACGCUCCUGGUCCUGAAGGCCAAGGGAAUCGGGCAUGAAAUCAUCAACAUCAACCUGAAAAAUAAGCCUGAGUGGUUCUUUAAGAAGAACCCCUUGGGUCUGGUGCCAGUUCUGGAAAACAGUCAGGGUCAACUGAUCUAUGAAUCCGCCAUCACCUGUGAGUACCUUGAUGAAGCAUAUCCAGGGAAGAAGCUGUUGCCAGAUGACCCCUAUGAGAAAGCUUGCCAAAAGAUGGUCUUCGAGUUAUUUUCUAAGGUUCCCCCUUUGGUAACACGCUUUGUUAGAAGACAAAAUAACGAAGAUGGCUCUGGCAUAAAAGAAGAACUGCGUAAAGAAUUCACCAAGUUAGAGGAGGUUCUAACCAAUAAGAAGACAGCCUUCUUUGGUGGCAAUUCUCUUUCUAUGAUCGAUUACCUCAUCUGGCCCUGGUUUGAACGGCUGGAAGUUCUGCAGUUAAAUGAGUGUAUAGACCACACUCCAAAACUUAAGCUCUGGAUGGCAGCCAUGAGGGAAGAUCCUGCAGUAUCCGCCCUCCUCAUUGAGGCCAAGGCCCUUCGAGGUUUCUUAGAUCUCUACUUGCAGAACAGCCCGGAGGCCUGUGACUAUGGGCUCUGAAGGGGGCAGGAGUCAGCAAUGAAGGGAUGUCUGAUAUCUUCCUUCAUGAAUACGAGUAAAAACAUGCUUUUAUUCUA